UCUUAUUGUUUCUCUGAUCGUAAAAUUAGUGAUGAGCGAUGUCAACAUACAGUAUACAUAUUUUGAAUAACUGGCUGCAGGAUCGUAGAAACUCCGUCUGCUAGAUAUUUUGCACAAUUUUAUUGAAUUCCAAAUAGAUGUAUUACAUUCUGCCACACCCUUUUCGCCUUGCACGCUUCGUAGUCAUACCAACAAAACUGAAAUUUAAUUUAAAAGUUAAUCCUUUACAAAACCAAUACAAAUAUAAUGUGGCAUAACAAUAUUUUAAACAUUUUUGCAGAUAUAUUAUAAACAAAGAAAAUUUAAUAAAAGCAUUUUCUUUUAUUUAUGUUGUGAAAACGUACUUUUAAAUAAUCUAGGUAAAAAGAGUUCCAUAAAACGUUAUUUCGAUAUAUUAAAACUAUUUUAAAAUUCGCAAUAUCAAUAAUUAUUGGAUAUUUUGAAUUUGGAAACCUUGUUUAACAUUCUUUGAGGUUGUUUUACAAGCUAAUUACUAAUGUACGGACCGGUUCCUUUAUCACACACAUUUUAGGGAAUACCACUGAUAAUCAGCUGUUUAAAACAAAUAUAUAUGAAAACGGUCACACUGCAGUUCAUGUAAUCAAAACAAAACAAAAUGGGGAGAAUGGCGCUAUUUCACCGGUUAAUGGCCCAAAAAACCACAGCCAGGAACUUUUUUCAAUUCGGAAAAGCCAAGGGAGAUACCGGCAAAUAUGAACAGAUUAUUUCACCCGGCCUGGUCUCCCCGGAACGCGGUGUUCCCAAAGACAUCGAAAAGCCACCGUACUACUUUGAAAAUAUGCCACCAGGCAACACCCUGGGAUCCCCAGAAAUCAAAACCCAAGCUCAGAUAGAUGCAAUGCGAGUGAGCGGGAAACUGGCGGCCCGAAUAUUACGGGAAUGCGGUAAAUUGGCAACAGUUGGAAGAACAACCGACGAGAUUGACGCCUUUGCACACGGUAGAAUUAUUGAAUCCAAGGCCUAUCCCUCACCCCUGAGAUACGCCGGAUUCCCAAAGUCUAUCUGCACUUCCAUCAACAACAUAGCCUGCCACGGUAUCCCAGAUGACCGCCAGUUGGCCAACGGGGAUAUUAUCAAUAUCGAUGUCACAGUCUUUUUGAAUGGCUACCAUGGCGACUGUUCGAAAACCUUUCUAGUGGGCGAGGUGGACGAGCGGGGGAGCUUCCUUGUGGAAGCCACGAAAUCCUGUUUGGAUCAGUGCAUUUCGCUGUGUGCCCCUGGCGUGGAAUUCAAUGAGAUUGGAAAGUUUAUACAGAGCUAUUGCGACGAAAGAGGGCUCGAGUCGAUUGCGGCUUUUAUAGGACACGGUAUCGGAAGCUAUUUCCACGGUCCCCCGGAGAUAUUUCACUAUUACAACGAGUUCCCCGGAAAGAUGCAGCCUGGCAUGACCUUCACCAUCGAACCCAUUCUAUCCCUGGGCGGGCCAGAUAUAGGGGUGCUGGAAGAUGGCUGGACGGCGAUUAGCUUGGAUGGCUCCCGUAGCGCCCAGUUUGAGCACACCAUUCUGAUCACCGAGACCGGAACGGAGAUACUUACAAGAGAGGAAUAGGAUCGCUUUAUGUACAUGAUGAAUUUUUAUUCGUGAU